AUGUUCCGUGUGCACUUGGCGACUUUCCUCAGCGUUUCGCUGCUGUGGUUAAGCGAGAAGAGCUCACAAGCAGCUGCAGUAACUACCGUAAAGUAUACAGCAAAGCUUGGUAGCUCUGUCGAGUGUCUUGACGAAGUCAACAACGCCCGUGAGGCAGCUGGAUUAGCCAACUUCAUUAAGGCAACAGACCCCGGAGACCAAAUAUCUGAUCCUGGAUCUGAGGAACUUACUAAUGGCGACUGGAAAGAUCUUUGUGAAUAUUUGGUACCUACGCAACCCGAAGCAUAUAAUUCCCAAGCGGCUGCACAGCCUUUCAAAGAUGGAACGUAUGCUUUCAAGGCCCUUACUGCCGCUCAACCAAACUGCACCGAAACUGUCGAUUACUGGAAGGCAGCCUACAAAAGCUUCACUGGACUGCCACCGUCAAAGACGGAAGCUGGAAAAUU